UUUAACACACAGCACCCUUGCCAACACAGAAGAAAUCUGCAGCCGCCCACCCAAACACAACAUCAGCAUCAACAACAAAGAAGACACAGAAGAUGAGGAACCAUAUGCUCAUGCUAUCUCUAACAGAGCUCAACAGGUGUUAUCUGUCCCCUCUGUCACCAUUAAAUAUAAUCAGAAAGUAGGGGCGAAUUUAUACAAGCCGGACACUAACCCUCAGGGCUUCGUGGACUUGGGACUGGCAGAGAACAAGCUAGUUUGGGAUUUACUAUCUGACAAG